UAACACAUUGGGUCUUCCUCCAAGGCACUGGGCUGUAGAUCAUCCUGACCACUCACUGCUCCUCAUCCAGGAAUCUCUUGUAGGAGUUUUAGGGGCACCUUUUAACUUUUAAAAAGGAAAAAAAAAAGAGAGGAAAUGGCACCAAAGAAAGACGCCAAGAAAGCUGCUGCCCCAGCGCCAGCCCCUGCCCCAGCGCCAGCCCCAGAACCAGCAAAGCCCAAGGAACCAGCAAUUGAUCUUUCCACCAUUAAGAUCGAGUUCUCCAAGGAGCAGCAGGAUGAAUUUAAGGAGGCAUUCCUCCUCUUCGACAGGACUGGCGAGAGCAAGAUCACUCUCAGCCAGGUUGGAGAUAUUAUUCGUGCCCUGGGACAGAACCCCACUAAUGCUGAGGUCAAGAAAAUCCUGGGCAACCCCAGCAAUGAGGAGAUGAAUGCAAAGAAAAUUGGGUUUGAAGAGUUCCUGCCAAUGUUGCAGGCAGCUGCCAAUAAUAAAGAUCAGGGUGGCUUUGAAGACUUCGUUGAAGGUCUGCGUGUCUUUGACAAGGAGGGCAAUGGGACAGUCAUGGGUGCUGAACUCCGCCACGUACUGGCCACUCUGGGUGAGAAAAUGAAGGAAGAAGAAGUAGAAGAACUUAUGAAAGGACAGGAAGAUUCCAAUGGAUGCAUCAACUAUGAGGCAUUUGUGAAGCACAUCAUGUCUGUCUAAAUGGAAUUGUCCAGAUGCACAACUUGAACAAGAUCAGCAGGCAUUUAAGACUGGUGAAACAUCUAGGAAACUACCACUCCAUCCAGUACCAUCACCCUGGAACCCAAAAGGACUAUAAUAUAUGCCUCCCAACCAUCCCAUUUUUUCAUGUCAACAACAUGAGAUGCCAAAUGAAUCUUAACAUUUUACACUUCACUUGCUGAGGCACAUGAGAAGGACUACAUGGCCACAGCUGUCAAGCCCAAUAAUCUCUUCUCCCGCUCCAUUUUGUCACCAUGAAAGUAAUGUAUGAAGAAGAAAAAGGAGGGGGCAGGAAAUCUGACUGUAAAUCCUAGUGGUCAGUAUAUGGCUGGAAAUUUUCUUUAAUCGGUUCAAAUCCCAAUUAAAACAUAAUUGAAGUCUUAAUUUAUUUUCACUAUCUAUUGUAUUCCAUACAAUAAAGUUUUAUGAAAAAAGGA